AUGCAGAGAAACAAGACCGGCAGAACGCCCUCAGGGCACCAGUUCUCACGGCUGAAGCCCGCCGAGAUCGAUCCUUUGGCCGAAUAUGGCCUCCCCUCUAAGGGAGAGAAGAGACUCCUAAACCACAAAACCCAAGAAGCCUACUACUCCAAGAUCGCCGAGCGCUACCUCGCCUUCUGCACCGACGCCGGCGACCGCGACUCUCUCCAAAGGCAAUUCUCCCGUCUAGCCCUCGGCGACAGCACCAACACCAACACCAACACCUCAACACCGCUCCUCCCAGCCGGCUCGACAUCAACACCGCCAUCCUCCUCGCACUCCCACGACUCUCCAACACCACGACUCCCCCCACCCUCGGACCUCUCCCAAAUCCUCUCCGCCCUCCGCAAGCUCCGCGAAGCCCUCGUCGCCUCCUCGCGUCUCGACGACUUCACCACACAAGUUUACCUCUUCGCCGUGCGCUUGGGGAUUCUCUCCUCCUCCUUCGAGACCUACCUCCCCUCUUUACUCUACCUCCUCCGCGUCAUCCACCGCUCCCCCACGCACCCCCUGACCUCGGUCGAAUACCACGAAGUCGUCUCGUAUCUUGUGUUGGACACAGCCUGUCGCCGCGGCGACCUGGCCGAGGCUUAUGCGCUGAGGAAUCGGUAUAAACUGAAGGACCCAAAAGUGGAUGCUACGCUCAAGGCGCUGGUGAUGGAUGACUGGGUCAGUUGGAGACGGACGAAGAGGAGCGUGGAUGGGUACAGAGUUAGGUUGAUGGAGUUUGCGGAGCCGGGGGUUAGGGGACAUGUCCUGAAAGCGUUUGGGAGGGCGUAUUUGAGUGUGGGGGUGGAGUAUUUGGAGGAGGUGAUGGGGAUGAAGUGGGAGGACAUGGUGGAGAGGUUUGGGGUCGGGUGGGAGUUGAACAAUGGAAGGGUGGUGAUUAGGAAGAUUGGGGGGAGGACGCAGUGA